AUGUAUGCUAUUGUCCAAACAAACACUAUUGGUUUGAACGCCGAGCCUGUUAUUGAGUUGAUUCUGCAGCUUCUUGUACUGGACCUGGACCUGGACUUGGACCUGGACACGGACCUAGACACGGACCUGGACACGGACCUCAAUCUCGAUCCUGCCAUACCCAAAAGAAGGAAAAUAGCCAGGAUCAUGAAACAGGUCGACAUCUACCUCAACCGCAAUCGCCCCUACUCGUUUGCAAGCGUACAUAACAAGCUUUUUCCCUACUACAUUGCCAGUAACAUAACACCACCCGGGAUUUUGGAGGUUAACCCCCAAGAGGAUUACUAUCAGAUGUUACACGACGUUUUCCAGCAACUAUACACAAUGAGGGAAAGUCAACUUUUGGGUUCCCGAAGUUAA